UCUUCACUUUUACAUCGUUGUGCAAAUACAAUUCUGGAUGCAAUUAAUACAUGAGAACAUGAAUUUGACCAACUGUACGAGAGCGGUAGAGUUUAUCCUGGUCGGAUUGCCACCGGUAGGACGAAUGGAAGGUGUGAUGCAUGCAGGCAUCUUUCUGCUCUACCUCCUGUGUCUGAUGGGCAACGGGCUCAUCAUUGUGAUGGUAAUUUUGGACCGCCAUCUCCAGAAGCCCAUGUAUUUCUUCCUUAGCAACCUUUCUUGCAUUGACAUUGGACACACCACCGCUUUUAUUCCUAAACUGCUAGUCAACUAUCUCUCUGCAAACAAUUCCAUCUGUUUCUACUGCUGCAUAACACAACUGUUCUUUUACUUCUUCUUUGGCAUUACAGAAUUUUUCAUCAUCACGUUGAUAUCCUUGGACAGAUUCUUAGCCAUUUGCUAUCCUUUGAGAUACGCCACAAUCAUGACUUCUGCGGUUUGCUUGAAGCUAUCUGUGGCAGCCUGGGUUGUGGUUUUUUCCUACGUGAUUGGUCAGGUUAUCCUGGUCGCUAACCUACCCUACUGCAGCUCCAACAUUAUCAAUCAUUUCUUUUGCGACGCUGGGCCUGUUUUAAAGAUUGCAGGAGGAGAUUCACAUCUCAUUGAAGCCCUGAGCUUCCUUAGUACUAUAGUCGUAGUGAUGUCCUCUCUGCUUUUCACCCUCAUUUCUUACCUCUUCAUCAUCUUCACCAUUCUCCGAAUGUCUUCAUCAACCAGACAGCAGAGGGCCUUUUCGACGUGUGCUUCCCAUUUGGUGGUGGUCUGCAUUUUGUAUGGGUCAGUCUUUUUUGUCUAUUUAAGACCUACUAUGAAGAAUUCUUCCUUCGGUGUAAUCCGGUCCGUUUCUGUGGUCCAUACUACGGUCGCUCCAGUGCUCAAUCCUUUUGUUUAUACUAUUAGGAACAAUGAAGUGAAAGAAGCGAUUUGGAAAGCAUUAAGAAAAAAACCCUCCAGUUUUCCCUAAAAUCUUGUUUGAAAGAGCAAGAUGACGAGUGGGCAAACUAUCCAUCAGCAAUAUUUACCAUCAUUUUAACAGAUUAACAGAGUUGAAAGGGACGUUGUAGAUCAUCUAGUCCAAUGCAGGAGACCGUAUGUCAUUUCUGACAAAUGGAAGUCCAAUCUCUUCUUGAAAGCCUCCAGUGAUGAAGCUCUCAGAACUUCCAAAGGCAAAUCCCUAGUGCGACAUAACAGGGUGAGCUCCCGUUACUUGUCCCAGCUUCUGCCAACCUAGCAGUUUGAAAGCACGUAAAAAAUGCAAGUAGAAAAAUAGGGACCACCUUUGGUGGGAAGAUAACAGCGUUCUGGGCGCCUUUGGCGUUUAGUCA